AAUAAAAUGGGGCCAUAUCUAAGUUAACCAAAAAGAGAGAAAGUAACCACGAGUGGAGAAGGAAAGUCUGUAAUAUUUGCAGCUUCGGAAAUGCAAGGUAUCACAUUUUAGGAUGUAUAAUAAAGGAUGGAGAAACACAAUGGAAGAUGCUCAUAUUCACAAACCAGAUAUAGUGCAAGAUGUAUCUGUUUUUGGAGUCUUCGAUGGACAUGGAGGAAGAGAAGUGGCCUAAUUUGUAGAGAAACACUUUAUCGAUGAAUUGCUAAAAAAUAAAAAUUUUAAGGAUCAGAAAUUUGAAGAUGCUCUCAAAGAGACAUUCUUGAAGAUGGACGAAUUGUUGAUGACACCAGAGGGAGCCAAAGAAUUGAACAAUUACAAGGCCAAUGAUUCUGAUGGUGAUUAUUAAAGUAAUUAAUAGAUUCUUAUGCUGGAUGCACUGCCAAUGUAGCUUUGAUUCACAAGAACACCUUGUAUGUUGCCAAUGCAGGAGACUCAAGAUCAGUAUUAUGUAGAAACAAUACAAAUUUCGAUAUGAGUGUUGAUCAUAAGCCAGAUAAUUAAGAAGAGAAGUAAAGAAUUGAAAGAGCAGGAGGCUUUGUAAGUGAUGGUAGAGUCAAUGGUAAUUUAAAUAUUCUUAAUCUUCUCUAGGCAACCUCAAUUUAUCAAGGGCCUUGGGAGAUUUGGAAUAUAAAAGUGACAGCAAAUUGAGACCCAAUGAACAAUUAAUUAUUGCCUUUCCUGAUGUCAAAAAAACAGAGUUGGGCCCUCAAGACAAGUAAGAUCUUUAAUGUUAUUGAAGAUUCAUAUUGAUGGGAUGCGAUGGAGUGUUUGAAACUCUCAAUCAUUAAGAAUUGCUUAAACAUGUCAAUACAACCUUGGGAAAUUCACCUGUCACUGAAAACUUAUUAAGUAAAGCAGCUGAAGAUUUAUUGGAUUAAUUGUUAGCCCCAGACACAAGUUAAGGAACAGGUUGUGAUAAUAUGACAACCAUUUUAGUGUAUUUGAAAAAGUGAAUAGGAUUUUAAACAAAAUAACAUUAAUGUAAC